CCCCACAAUGAGAAAUGUACACAGGUCUCCACUGCCUCCAAGCGCGGCGGUGAAGCCGAGGGGCGGGGCCGAGCGCGCCGCUCGCGAGGCCCCUCCCCCCUCCUCCCCCCCCCCCCAUUCAGCAUCGCGGACCCCGCUCGGCAGGCGCCGCCCCCACCUCGGCUCCACUCGCGGAGAGCGCCGCACGCAGCAGCCGCGCGUCCAUUCAUCCCGCGCGCCGCAAACUCGGCUCCAUCUCCACGGGGAUCGUGCCGUCUUUACGCGUGGGUUCGAGCAAAGGGUCGAGCGAGCAUGGGAAAUAGCACGGGGUCGACCUUGGUACCAAUUGCUUCUGUGGACGGAAUCGCUGUUCCACUCGAUUCUUGUUCCAUAAAUCCUUCUAUGGAAGAGCACACGCCCAGGAUCCAUCUCCACGAGACUCGUCCCGUCUCCCCGCGCCUCGAGUGACCACGAGGAGCCGCUCGCUCUGCGCGCGCUGCCUCCGCGCUGCUGCUGUUGCGCUCCUCGGGUUCCCGCGCUGGAGGAGGGGGCGCGCCCGCGUCUCGGCUGCCCGCGCCGCUAAGGGCCGUGAGGUAAGGAGCGCGGCAUCGCGCUCAUCACAGCGGGACGAUCCGGGGGGGGGGGGGGGGGCAGGACCCCAGCAACUUGGGGCCCCGCGACGGGGACCCGAGCAGGGUUCGAGCGGAGGAACUGGGAUUUCGCGCGUUCGUUCGUUAGGAGGAAGACGACGAGGAGGAGGACGUCGAGCAGCAGCCGAUCUUCCCUCGACGACGACGCCGGAUCGAGGGAGCUGAGCGGAGGGACCCAGAGGUCCGGUCCGUGACCCUCGAGGACCCCCCUCCACCUGACAUUGACCUCCCGAAGACCCCCACAGCCUCCGUGACCACCAGACGGGGUCACGACGAGGAGGAGGAGGAGGGGACCGUGACGACAACCGAGACAAGAAAGGGGGCCUCUGAGGGUCAGCGUUUUCGGGACCAGGGUCUAUCUCCACCCCGCCCCCCCACUCGAGGGGGGGUGGGGGUGAUCGAGGGUGGGGGGAGAGGAGUUCGUGGCGCCAUGCGAGGGUCGCGCUGGCUACUCGUCCGUCUCGUCCCGCUGCUUUUGGGGGUCGCGGCGGCGAGGGGGCCCAGCGCGUGGGCCGCCAGCGGGGGCGCCGGCUCGGCCGCGAGGCCCCCCGGGGCCACGGCUGAGCCGUCGCCACCGCCCGAACCGUCGCACGAGCAGACGCCGGAGCAGUGCCGCGGCUACUACGACGUGAUGGGCCAGUUCGACCCCCCGUUCGUGUGCCAGAAGCACCCCUUCUUCAUCUGCUGCGGCUCGUGCGGGUUCCGCUACUGCUGCAAGGAGCCGAGCGCGCGUCUAAACCAGACGCAGUGCGUCAAGAACGAGACCCCGCGCCUCGCCAACGACUCCACGGGGCCCCCAGACGUCGUGGGGCCCUUCGGCCCGACGCGCGACAAGACGCACAUGGUGGUGUACUCGGUGUGCGGCAUCGUCGCCUUCAUGCUGCUGGCGGGCAUCUUCACCAAGGUCGGCCUCUACAAGCCCGCGGGGGGGCUGCUGCCCGCGCAGCCCCCUGGGGAGCCGGGCGGACACUGCAGGCUGCUGGACGUGUCUGCACACCAAGAGAGUGGACUGGCGCUGCCCACGGACAGCGGCUCCACGCCGGGGUUCCCCUCCAUGCUGCCCCCCCGGGCCUCCUCCAUGGAGGCCGGGUUCAUGCACGGAGCAAGGCCCAGCCUGGAUCAGCCCCAGCUCAAGACCAUCUUUCAUUCACAGCCGCACCUGGCCUCGGAAGCCCCGCCCACUUACGAGGCAGCCAAUCAGGCGGAGGGAGGCCGACAUCCCUCCCUUCCGAAGCGAAUUGAGAAAUCCGGGCUUCUGGAUCACUUUGGGAAGAUUCACUUCUCUUCUGACGCGGGGCCGCCAACCUCCCUACCCCUGCGCUCUGCCACCCCCGUCAAAGCGAGCACGUCGCGCCAGGCGAGCGAGGCAAGCGGCAAGGAGGGCGGCCGCGGGGACGAGGACGAGCUGGCAGGGGCCAAGAGCCGCAUGACCAAGAUGCACUCACACCCCGGCGCGUGGAUGAGCCCCGCCAGGGAGCGCUCCCUCCCCCGUGGUGAGGGGGACUCUGUGUCGCGCUCGGGCUCCCAGGCGCUGCACCAGCAGCAGCAGCACCACCACCACCACCCGCACCACCACCACCACCACCAGCCGCCGCACCAGCAGAGCCAGCACCAGAGCCAGCAUGAACAUCACCAGCCGCAGCACCAUCAGCUGCAGCACCAACAUCAGCAGCAGCACCACCACCAUACCCUCCAGCACCACCACACGCGGGAGCAACAGCAGCAGCAGGGUCCUGGGGGCCCCGGGGUGCGGGGGCAGCUGUCCCAGCAGGACACCUGGCCUGGGCCCCCACGCUACCACAGUACCCUAGACAGGGUCCCGACGAGCGGCAGCGGGAGCGGCCGACAUCACCAGCGUCAGCAGAGCACGCUCCGACCCUCGCAGACGACGCUCAGCAAGGCCGAGGUGACGGUGUGAACGGCGCUGACCUCGUCUCGUCUGCAAGGCGAAUGCAAGUUGCCCCACGUUCCUGCCGAUGGGCCCCUGUCGUCUCCCACCGUGGCGUGUGCUGUGCGGGUUCGCGUGCGAGCGGCGCGUGCAACGGUGCUGCUGGUGGCCCCACCGCCCCGGCCCCAUGUCCCUGCGGGCGAGGGUGUGCGGCCUCACAGUGACCCUGGCUGCCCUGGUCGCUCCCCGCAGAGCCCCGCGCGGAGCAGAGGUUGUGGAUUGUCAUGGAGCGCGGCGUGUGUCCCCGGGUUGUGUGUCGUGAUUCGUACACAGUUUACAUGUUGGCGGUCGUGGUUCAGAUGAGCGGAGCGUGCGCGGCGACGUGUCGCGCGGCCUUCGCGACCUUGUUCAUCUUUGUCGAGGGAACGGUAGGCGGAACGAGACACCUGGGGGCCACCGUGGCAACCCCGGGCCGAACCCACGAGGCCGGUUCGCGGGCGGCACCGUCGGUCGUGGACACGCGCUGCGUUGUCCAGGAUGCAUCUCUGGGCCCCGCAGGGGCUGCACGUGCACAACUAUCCCAGGCCACAAUCACAGCCAGCACUGGAUUUUAAUCACACGUGUAGUCUUUGGUGGCAAAGAAGAAAAGUUGAUGUUACCGUGACUUUCUCCGAGAUCGUCGUUUUAUAUCCAUCGCUCGCGCUCGCGUGCAUCACAUUCAACCGCUUGUCCUUUUUGGACAAAGGUGAGAAUGAGAUUGAGCGGUGGUCGGGUUCAUGGUCGCUGAUCAGCAGCCUCGAGCGGAGGCCGCUCUCCCUAAACGUAAUGAUUUGUGGCACUUGAUGGGGACGCUGCAAUAACCUUAGCAAUAACGACUCAGACUUGGAGUCCAGGUGUCCGCAGCAGCCACACGUCGAUGUUAGCGGCCGAGUGUGCCCGUGGGGUUUAUACUGUGGGUUUUCCGUCUAUUUCAGGAUUUUCUUCAUAUUUCUUGCCUUUUCCAUAAUUCUCUGGAUUUUCCUUUGGGGUUUUCAUUAUUCUUUGAGUUUCUAUAGCUUCCCCGUCAGUGUAUUCGUUUUAAUGAGAUCUGUCGGUAUUUGAAGCUAUCCAUUGAUUUACCGGUCUGGGGAUCCAAUUCCGGCGCUUUCUGUUCCUGUACCACAUGGAAAUCCUCGAGUCUCGGCCCUAACCAGGCCAUCUCCCCCCACAACAAAGCACCGUGUCGCGUAUCUUAAACUUCAAAUCAAGAGGAGGCCGUGCUGAGUGAACUUCACGAGCAGGCUCAAGCAAACAAAGGUGUAGGCCGCAGUGGGCCCUCCAAACCCAACGUGACCAGGAGCGCUCCCCUCUCCUGCCAAAGUCUCCUGCAUGGAAGAGUCGGCGCAACUCUCGCCACCAUCGUUGGGCUCGCUCUCACAGUGAGCGGGGAGCGGCGGUCAGUUCUCCUCCUUCGCCCGUCCCCGCUUGCCGUAGGCAGGUGCCGAUACAAGGGCUGCUUGUGCACGUGCGGUGGCUGGGGCCACCACACGCGCCAUACUCAAUAUUCAGCCCCACAGGUGUUGCAGGUAUUUUUGUCGAUCAACACGACACGUGCCGCCCCAAGCCUGCCCAAUUUACUCGCGUCCACGCAGUGGGGGCCUGGGUCGUGUGGGCCCGUGUCGGUGGUAAGCACAGCUGCAUUCUCCACCAAUAAAACCCAAUAGUUUUUUGACGUUGUAAUGUUAAUAUUAAUAACUCUCGUCUACAAUUCGAAAUGUGCAUGAGCCAUGUGAUUGUGUAAUCAUACAUACAUACGUAAGCUUUUUAUGGAACGCACUCGUAAUGUGUACACGACUUCAGUGGGUAUUUUGUAAGACCGUGUGAUGUCCACGCUUCCAUAUAUUUAUAAUUACAAGUCAUACACUAGUGAAAUUACAUGGAAAAUGUUGGGGUUUUUGUCCAUUCCAAGCUAAUACUACUCGCUAAAAACAUUCCAGCCGUGCGUCUGUGUGAACAGCAGGCCCGGCGGGGUGAGCGGACCCCUCUCCGAGCCGUGCCCGGGCCCGACACGGCCGUGGGGAACGCUGCAUUUUGUCGCUGACUGAUUCGUCUCGGCUGCAGGGUCUAGAGGUGGCGUAAUUUCCAUAAUGGUUACAGAAACAAUUUCUGGCGAUCCGGAAAUGAAGAGGACAGAGGUGCGAGCGGUGUCGAGGCAAAGCAAUACGUGGCUUCCCGGGUAGCACAGCGAGACCGCGUGUAAUAUAAUCCCUGGUGUUUUUGUUUACAAUGUAACCACGGCGUAUACGUGAUUAAACAUUAAAACGGCCUAAA